UUUGAAAAUACUUUGCUCUAAUUGUUGAUCGCAUUCACAUUUUCUCCCACUGUGCUGGGACCUUCAAAGUGGUCCAUUUGGAAACUUUUCUUAGACCAGGCUGGCAGAUCUGUAGGAGGCUAAAAAUCUUUACAAAUUGCAAUGCACAAAAUAUCUGUUUUGGUCCUCCUGAGUAUUGCACAUUCUCUAAACACUGUAACCAAAGGCAACUAUGCAUCAAGCAAGAAAGAAAUGCAAGGUGCCCACUUUCAUUAUUCCAGCGAGGAAAUCCAUGUGCUCUCUCAAGGUGUCCUGAAGCUUGGAGCUGGGUUAAAGGAGCAGGUUGACCAUACUAAAGAGAAAAUUACCUACAUCUUUCAACAGCUCAACAUUUUUAACAACUCCUUGAUAGAAUUACUAGAGCAGGUCAGCCUAAAUAAGAGGCUGAGAAAUGGUCUUAUGGAGAAAACUCAGCAACUUGAAACUAGGAACCAAGUUCUGGGCAGGCUCUCUGCAGAGCUCCAGAACCAACUUGCUGAAGUGAUGCAUUACAGAAUGACUUUCAACACCAGGCUGGAAUUUUUAGAGGAGAAGAUAGAGAAUGCCCUAAAUUACAAGACUAACACCAGUACUUCAGUGAGUAUGACUGACAUUAUGUCUUUUGUGCACACUCAAAGCGUAAGAAUUGAUGAGUUGCUUACCGAAGUGGAGCUGCAGCAAGACCGAAUUAGUGUACAAGAUGCACUCAUUCAAAAGUUGCUGAAAAAGGUUAGGCCAAAAAUUAAACUAGCCAGACAGCCAAAGACCAACGGAAUGAGGAAGAAAAUAGCAGAUUCUUCUGAGAGGCAGAACACAACAUUAUCAGCACAUGAGAGUAUAUGAAAGACAAUCACAGGAUUAAAAUAUUUUACCAGUGAUCUAUGCAGUGUAAGUGCAGAUAUGCUACUAGGAUUUCUAUCUUGAUUAGAUGGCUAACAUGCAAGAAAGCUAGAGGCUGUCUUGGUCAAUAGUUUUUAUCUUUUAACAAACUGUAUGGCCAAGGUGCUGAAAAGUUUUUCAAAAAUAUUGUUAUUGUAGCGUGAAUAUGACAGCUACCAACUAGCUUGCUCCUAACAGAAAUUUUGUAGAUCCGUAAACACUAGUUACAAAGCAAAUAUUUUAAGAUAAAAUAUUUAAUUAAUAUUUUAAUAUUAAAAAGAAUGAGCGAAAACAUUUUUAGAGCAGUGCAUCUGAGUUUAAAAAAAGUGUUUUUAGACAUUUCUUAGAACUAUACUUUAUCAUGAAGUUUAUGGAAAUCCAUGUUUUAUUCAGUUUCUCAGCUGACUGAUUGGACUGCACAGGGAUCGUCAUGCCAUAUGGUAUAUAGUUCACCAGUUGUAUAUUACAUAACUAAUGCAAUUUGUUCUGGCAUGUUGGGUGUAAUGCAUCAGUUGAAAGCACUGUGAUACACAAGCUAUAUGCAGGCGGGAUGCUUGUGCCACUAGAUUGCUGAUUGCUAGACUUUCAUUUUUUCAUGGUUUGUGUUAUGUUAAGUAACAUAUAAUAGAAUUCAUUAUUUUUUUAUUUUAGCACCAAAAAAAAAAAAAAUGCACAGCAACUUCCGGAAACCUUACAAGCAGGCAUGUGUGUGCGCACGCACACAUAGUCACACCCCCACUGAACACAAGUGGGGACUGGCUGGACCUACUCCUGGAUAGUAAAAACAAGAAGUGGGAUAUUGUGUCAUAUCCCCUCUGCCAAAAGCAGUGGCUUAAGCACUGUUCUUUCCUGAGAUCUAUAAAGAAGCAGAGAGGUAGUAAGACAGACAAACAUAAAUGGGGCCUCUGAUGGCAGGAUCUCUGAGUGCAAUACAUCAGCAGGGACCACAUUCUUAAACAAAGAGAAAUGAAGUUGGGCAAUUUAAACCCCUUGGAAAGAAAAACAAACCAAUGCAGUGCUAGAAUCCACAGAACUGGUGCACAAAUAAAGGAACGGGGAGGGGGCAAUCUCUACCCCAGAGAGCAACUGUGAAACUGUUAGCAUGGUGAGAUGCCCUGCCCCAGAAGUAUGACACAAGUAGGGCAGCUGUGCUCAUAAGGCCCCCCACCAACCCAAGUAUGCUAACACUGCAUGUAGUGUCUGAGAGAAAUCCCUCUAAUACAGGAACUUGGAGUGUGGGCCAGAGCACAGAAAAGUUCACCCAGAGCCAAGUAUCAGCAAAAGCGAUUGCAUCACCAACCUAAAAUGUGAGCAAAGCAAUGGAAGCUGUGAAGGUACAACACUCCCUGCUCCUCCCCUUAGAUCUCAAGUGUAGCAUGAGCACAAGGGAGUAGUGAAAAAUCUUACCUCUCCACAGUUAAAAUAAAUAAGUGGUUAGCAUGUGAGCAAAACAUGACAGCAAUGGGGACCAUUAUGAAUGAAUUACCUUUUCUUCCAGACUAGACAGAACCAUUACUCCUAAAAGCAGAAGCCAAGCAGAGGCUGGGUCUAGAAACUCUCUCCCAAGCACAGGGGAUCACAGAACACCCGAGAACACUAAUUAGCAGCUUCAAUAAAAAUACCAAAACCGAGAGUUUCUUUCAAAACCCUUAAAAACAAAAGCCUAACACUUCCUGUAUCAAAAGCAGGACUGUGUCUGUUUUAGCUUAGUGACUGUUGAAGCAAAUCACUACGCUCUAGAUCCAAAAUUUUACUCUGGAAGGGUGCAGGAUCACUUUCAUUUACAUUUCAUGGAGUGAAAAAUUUAUACAUUUAAACAACAUGAUUUAGGCCUUUUUUUUUUUUUUUUGCUGUUUAGAACAGAAAAAAGUUACUGAAAUAAAUAAAUCUUCAGUUGUCUUGUCAUUCAGUGUGAAACUACAUUUAUUAAGGAAACACAGGUAUACAACGAAAGGGAGUGCUCUGUUUCACAGUGCUGUGAUCUCACUAGUGUAAACCGGGAAUAAUAAAGGAAUGGCAUUCCGCCAGUAUAAAAACUAGCAUAAGCAAAAUCAAAGUCAGGUCCACAGUCUAUAACAAAGAUUCUGCCUCUGCUGUUAAACUAGAAAAAUCCACUUUUCAGAAAAGCAAGAUAUUUCUUGUCAUCUAUGAAAGCUUUUGUGCUGGUAGAAAAGGACCUUCAGCAUGUGUGAUGGGAUUUGGAUUUAUAGAGCCCACACUAGAUGAGGAAGGCACUGGAAGGAUCCUGUGUGCAGGGCUAGCCCUGCCCCUCUGGCCUUGUCAAUCACCUAUGGUAGGGAGGAGGCCUUUAAAAAGGAGGAAACUACAGUCAGCUGGGGAAAGAGGUCAUCUUGAGCAGGAGAAUCAUAGAAUCAUAGAAUAUCAGGGUUGGAAGGGACCUCAGGAAGUCAUCUAGUCCAACCCCCUGCUCAAAGCAGGACCAAUCCCCAACUAAUUCAUCCCAGCCAGGCCUUUGUCAAGCCUGACCUUAAAAACCUAUAAGGAAGGAUAUUCCACCACCUCCCUAGGAAACACAUUUCAGUGCUUCACCACCCUCCUAGUGAAAAAGUUUUUCCUAAUAUCCAACCUAAACCUCCCACUGCAACUUGAGACUAUUACUCUUUGUACUGUCAUCUGCUACCACUGAGAACAGUCUUGAUCCAUCCCCUUUGAAACCCCCUUUCAGGUAGUUGAAAGCAGCUAUCAAAUCCCCCCUCAUUCUUCUCUUCUGCAGACUAAACAAUCCCAGUUCCCUCAGCCUCUCUUCAUAAGUCAUGUGUUCCAGUCCCCUAGUCAUUUUUGUUGCCCUCCGCUGGACGCUUUCUAGUUUUUCCACAUCUUUCUUGUAAUGUGGGGCCCAAAACUGGACACAGUACUCCAGAUGAGGCCUCACCAGUGUCGAAUAGAGGGGAACGAUCACGUCCCUUGAUCUGCUGGCAAUGCCCCUACUUAUACAACCCAAAAUGCCAUUGGCCUUCUUGGCAACAAGGGCACACUGUUGACUCGUAUCCAGCUUCUCGUCCACUGUACCCCCUUGGUCCUUUUCCGCAGGACGGCUGCCUAGCCAUUCGGCCCCUAGUCUGUAGCAGUGCAGGAGAUUCUUCCAUCCUAAGUGCAGGACUCUGCACUUGUCCUUGUUGAGCCUCAUCAGAUUUCUUUUGGCCCAAUCCUCUAAUUUGUCUAGGUCCCUCUGUAUCCUAUCCCUACCCUCCAGUGUAUCUAUCACUCCUCCCAGUUUAGUGUCAUCUGCAAACUGGAGACUUCAGGAGCAACUCCUGGAGCCAUGGGGGAACUCUCAUCAAGGAGGAAAUCUCCACCCCGACCCUACGGGAAGUGUGGUGAACUCCCAGGGAAAGCCUGACAGAGUGAGCCCGAUUCAGCAGCCAGGCCAGAGGGAUUCCUUGAAAACCACUACACAGAUGCUGUACUGUUAGCACUAAUGUUGGCCCUUUUCCCCUUUGAGGGGCUCUGGGAAGAAGUUAUUCUCAGGUGCACGGGGGCAUUUAACUUUCCUUUAGAUCCCCCAUCAGAAGGGCUUUAAGAAGGCCCACAAAGGGCAGGCCCACUUGAGGCCUGUGCAGGAGGCACCUAGUGUCACUGACUGGGCAUGGCCAGGCUUCCUCCAUUUUGGAGAAAAAGCUACGGGGGACUCUUUUACAAGUAUGUCAUAAAAAUAAACCUAAAUUUGGGAAUCUACUACUUGACCUAGAACUUUGCAAAAAGUCCAUUGACCCAUCAGAGACAGGGUAUUUCAUUGAUGGUUCCAUCCUGCACACAUACAGGCAGACUUCAAAUUUACCAGCUUAUCACUGUAAAAAACUUCCAUUCGCUUGUGUACUUUAUCCAAAUAAAUAUUCUCUUUGUAUCACUAUUUCCACCUCUGUCCAGGGUAACGUGCUAAUAAAGGAUACAAAUAAUUAUCCCCUAAAAUUAUAUUCUGUUAUAAGUCCAUAGCACUAGGGUAUAAAGCUGGCAUCGUGUUUUUUGGUUGGUUGGUUUUGUUGGCUAGUAUCUGUGAGUUUAAAGAUUUGAUGUUACUCGUGCUAAUUUGUAUUUGCCCUUCUAAUUGUAUAACCACUUGAGUUAUAGAAAUAUUUGAAUGAAAUGCUGCAAAUUGAAAAAAAGAAAUUCAUUUCCAUCCUCUUUCACUCAUGCUUAAGACACUGCAACUUUCCUCAUUAAAAUGCUUCUGGGUCUACAGUGAAGAAACUGCACCCUCAAGUGGCUGAACAGCACAGAUACACAGUAAUUAUACUGGAAUAACGACACUCCUAAAGCAUUUUUACUGCUAAAAUAGCUCCACCAAAACCACUUACUGAGGGUUAAUUUUCCUACUCCCGUGAAAUUUUAAAUCUUUACAAUGAGAUCAGUCACACGUCUCUUCAUCCUUCAGCAUUCCUUACAAAUUAAGGGCCAAAAUUCUCCUCUCGGUUAUACCAGUGCAGCCCCACUGAAGUCCUUGGGGUUGUUCUUGGAACAAUGAGAGGAGGCUUUCCCCCCAUGUAAUUAAUCUGCAAUCAUGCAGCCUGAUCCUGGGGAGUGCUGAGUGCCCUCACUUCCCACUGGAGUUGAGAGUACUCAGUACUUGCAGAAGUAACCCUAAGAAAUCUAUGCCAAGGCCUUAUAAACUGACAUGGGUUUCAAAAAGGGUCAUUUUGUGUGAAUGAGUUUCUUACAUUGCAGAUUUCCAAGCUUGAGUUCUCUCUUAUUCAUCUGUCUUUGAGCACAAGUAUGUGUGGAAUGGGUCCUCAACAAUUUGAGUCAGGGCCCUACCAAAUUCACUGCCAUGAAAAAUGCAUCACCAACUGUGAAAUCUGGUCUCCCCCCAUGAAAUCUGGUCUUUUGUGCACUUUUACCCUAGCCUAUACAGACCAGCAUUUCUCAGACAGGGGGUCGUGACCCAAAAGGAAAUUGCGGGGGGGUUGCAAGGUUAUUGUGUGUUGGGGGGUCAUGGUAUUGCCACCUUUACUUCUGCGCUGCCUUCAGAGCUGGCCAGCUGGAGAGCAGCGGCUGUUGGCCAGGUGGCCAGCUCUGAAGGCAGCACCCAGCCAACAGCACCGCAGAAGUAAGGGUGGCGAUACCAUACCAUGCCACCCUUACUUCUGCGCUGCUGCCUUCAGAGCCAAAGGCCCAGCUCCGAAGGAAGCAGUGCAGAAGUAAGGCUGGCAAUACCUUACCAUGCCAUCCUCACUUCUGCGCUGCUAUUGGUGGCGGUGUUCAGAGCCAGGCUCCCGGCCAGCAGCCGCCGCUCUCCAGCCACCCAGCUCUGAAGGCAGCGCCGCCGCCAGCAAGAGCAACACAGAAGUAAGGGUGGUAAUACCGAGACCCCCCUACAAUAACCUUGUGACCCACCCCCUCAAAACUCCCUUUUGGGUCAGGCCACCUAAAGUAACAACAGAUUGAAAUAUAUGACAUCAUGACAUUUAUUAUUUUUAAACCCUAUGACUAUGAAAUUGACCAAAACAGACUCUGAAUUUGGUAGGGCCCUAAUUAUAGGGUAACAAUAAGAAGGGUAGUCUUCUAGUUAAGACAUUGGACUGGAUUCAUGAGAUCUGGCUCAGUUUCUGACUCUGAUGCAGACUUCCUGUAUGACUCUGGGUAAAUCACUUAAUCUCCCUGUGAUUUAUGGCUCAUUGACACUGGGAACCUGCACUGGCAUAGCUACAUUGUUCAGGGGUGUGAAAAAUACACAAACCCUGAGUGAUUUAGUUAAGCUGACCUAAUCCCCAGCAAAGAUAGCACUAUGUAGAUGGAAGAAUUCUUCCGUCAACCUAGCUACCGCCUUUCAGGGAAGUGGAUUAACUACCCCGAUGGGAGAACCCCUAGUAGUAUCACUGCAGCAUUGCAAGUGUAGACAAGUCCUCAGUUUUCCAUCUAUAAAAUGAUGGAAAUCUCUUCUAUCCUUUGUCUGUCUUCACUAUCUAGAUUGCAAUGUCUUUGUGGCAGGGAUUGUCUCUCAGUAUGUGUAAGAACAAUGCCCAGUACAAUGAUGCUCACCCCAAUCUGAGUGGGGGCCUCUGGGUGCUACUGUAAUACAAAUAAACAAAACAACAAUACUAAAUAACAAUGAACUAUUACUCUUAUGUUUUCACCCAUCCCCUCUCUCAUACGAUUCAAUUCAGCUAAAGACAAGGAUCAGUACAAAUGUAGAUAUUAAAUAUCAGUUAAUUAACUAGGUUACUUAACGUACUUUGGCAAGAGACAAACGCCAAUCUCAGACUGUGACCUUGUCUACAUAGAUUUCUUAGGGUUAAGUUCUACCUGGCCUUUGUUCACCCUCUCCCGCCUUCAGAGAACAUGGGCCUCUGCCACUCUCCUUCAAAAAGUUAUUAAACUUCCUAUUUCUUUAUUCAGCUUCUUUUCUCCCUGUGACUCAGGAACCGCUGGUUGCCAACUGGCAGAGGCCAGAGGGGAUGCAUAGGUCUUUGCAGGGAUUCCCUGGGUCAGAUAUAUGCAUAUUAAGUUCACCAAAGGGUGUCAUGUAAGGUCUUUAUCAAGAGCCAGUAGCCCACUGGUUGUCAUAACCAUUCUGAAAUGUACAUACAGAUAGUAUUGCAGGAGUUAAGCAUCUAUACUGGAAAUUAUGUUCUCAAAACCCUGGAGUUAAGGUAGUUAUUCAGAGGCAACAGGUUCCUUUUGAGCAUGAGAUAGCAAAUGCUUCUCUCCCCAUCUGUCUCACAAUGGAAGCUUAGUUGCAUACAGAACCAGAUGCUGAUUAAAAGAUUGUAAAGUGAACAAGAGAGGGAGGCCUGAGGAGAAAAAAAAAAACAAUCAGCAGAGGGUGUCCUGGUUAUAAAAAAGAACAAAGGACUGUCCUGAUAGUACCAAGGGUACCAAGAAACACCCUGCAUCUUUCACCGAGGAGGCAAGCGGACAGUGGAACUUGCCACAUGAAAGGGUGAUCACAGCUAAGUCCGGCUGCAAGAUGCUGGGAGGACUUUGGGUGAGCAUUGCUCUAUAAAACAGAGAAAUACCUACUUAAUUAAGUCUAGGCUCUAGAAUGCACGUAAGCUUUUUAUUUUACAUGUAAUCCUUUGUUUUCAGUACUUCUACUUGCUCUUACUCGAAUCCCUGUACUUUUUUAAAUAAACUGCUAUUUGUUUUCACUAUA